AAUCGAAUGUGGUAUCGGUUGUCAUGUAUGAUGUUUGAUAACUUUUCGUUGUUAGGAACGGAGCCUUAUUAUUUUUGCCCUGUUAAGGAGAGAUGAUUGUUACCGAUACAACAAAUUUGUAACUGUCAUCGUUGGGAGAUUGUUUUUUUUUUAUAUAUACAUCAUUCUUCAAUGUCUAGAUGUCUGGAGAUGAAAAUAAAUCCAAAAUACUUCAAAAAUUCAUCAUGGGCUCAACAAACAAAAGAAAACUCCGACUCAGAUACAGAUGCUGGCAGAAAAUUUUUCUGUCAGUUAUUGGACUUCCACUUGCAGUUACAUUGUUCCUGAGUCUUGUAGCCUUCCUCAGAGCUGUUUUCAUACAACCUCAACAAUAUGUGGACAUACUAGAGCUCCUGAAAGACCAGGCUUCAGAUGCUAUUGACAGGAGUAGCAUGAAGCUUAGGUCUGAACGUCUUGCUGGAGCACUGAGGAUUCCUACCGUGUCAUAUGCAAUUGAUAAACAAGAGAAACAGGCUAUACUUCAGUAUCAUGAGUUUAUUAAGACAAAUUUUCCAUUGAUCCAUAGCUCACCACACAUUAAGAGAGAAGUUAUCAACGAGUACAGUUUGUUGUACACUGUGGAAGGCACAAGUAAAGGAAAGCUACCAUAUUUGUUGGCUUCUCAUUUGGAUGUUGUUCCAGCUGAUCCUAGAGCAUGGGAUGUUCCUCCAUUUAGUGGAAAAAUUGUUAACCAAACUUUUGUUUAUGGUAGAGGAGCCAUCGAUGACAAAACAGGUGUAAUGGGAAUUCUGGAAGCUUUGGAGUAUAUGCUUGAAAAGGGACAAAGGACUCGGAGAACCUUUUACAUUGCCUUUGGUCAUGAUGAGGAAAUAUCUGGAAGACGAGGGGCACAGGAGAUAGCAAAGAUACUCACAGCACGUGGUGUCACCCGAUUAGAUUUUGUUUUGGAUGAAGGCUAUCCACUUACAAAAGGGCUGAUACCUGGCACAGAUAGGCAUGUAGCAAUCAUUGGAGUGUCAGAAAAAGGCUCUGCCACUGUUGAACUCAGUGUAAGGGGAAGUCCAGGGCACUCCAGCUUUCCACCAGCAGAAUCAGCUAUUGGAAUUCUAGCAGCAGCUGUUGCACGUCUAGAAAAAAACCCUCAGCCAGCUCUACUCGGCCAAGGCCCUGAAGCAGCCACAUUCCAGUACCUAGCACCACAUGUUUCGUUUGGUUAUAAAGUUCUGUAUAGUAAUUUAUGGCUCUUUUCGGGACUAAUGGCUCGAGAAUUAGCACUUAAACCUAUUGCAAAUGCAAUUGUUCGCACAACAACAGCCAUCACUGUAUUUCAUGGUGGAAUAAAGGAAAAUGUUGUUCCACCAUCAGCAACAGCUGUCAUCAAUCAUCGAGUACAUCCAGCUCAAAGAGUGGCUGAUGUAAUUUCUUAUGACCGUGAGAUAAUUGAUGAUCCUCGUGUACACAUUCGAGUCAAAACUUCAAGAGAAGCUCAUCCUGUCUCUCCAUUUGACCGUGAUUGCAUUCCCUUUCAGAUGGUAGCUACAAGUAUAAAACAAGUUUUUCAUGAUUCCAUUGUUGUACCAGGUGUUUUCAUUGCUAAUACAGAUACUCGCUGGUACCUGGAUCUUACAUCAAAUCUCUACAGAUUUCUACCAACAAUUGUAACACCAGCGGAUAUUACUCGGUACCAUGGCAAUAAUGAACGUAUUUCCAUAGACAGUUACCAUCAAGCAAUAAAUUUUUAUUACAGAAUAAUUAAGAAUGCAGAUCUACUUAUUAAUGUAGUUCCAGCAUCAGUUAUCAGUAAUGAAGAGAAAGAGUUAUAAGUUUACAGAUAAAUGUCAUGUCACAGCACAUUUUGUAGUGUUCAUUUUUCUUAGCAUGAAAGUUGUGGACUACAAUUAUAGGAUUUACUUAUAUUGAUCUCAUAUCAAAAGUGUCUAUUAUUUUGCUGUUUAACUUCCUUAGACAGAACUCUAUUAGACAAACAUAUGUGACCAAUAGAAAUCAGUCAAAUCUGGAUAUAUUAGACAUGUAAAGUAUGACCUCUGUCCAUCCAGUAAUGUUUCAGCAAUAGUUAGUCCACUUUACAAGACUUCAACAGACUCUCCUUGUAACAAAUAAUGUCAUGAUGCUGAGCAAAAACAAUUUCUGUUCAGAACCCUUGAAACUAUUACCCCAUAAUAUAUACAUACGUAGCACACAACAAAUAAAAGGGCAAUAUGUAUUUCUCAUCUGCAACAGCUGCAGAGCCUUUAAGCAUCAAAGAAUUUACAAUAAUUGCUAAGAUGACUGUAGUAAUAGACUGCUGUACACUAUUUAUCUUGACACAAAGAUGGAAAGCACAUAUCUGCAAUUUUUAAAUUUUAAGACAAACUAUAAAAAUGUUAGACCAUUUAGUGUUUAAUUCUGGGAUUUGGUGUGAUAUUUCUUACUUGGCUGUGUUGUUGCUUAAUAUAAGCUAUAAUUGAAAGGUGCAAUCCAUUUACAUCAAGACAUAGAAAACGAUUUUAGAUUUUCUUCUUCUUUCAUUUGGCUUUUUGCUAACAGUAAGGAGGUUCUUAUGUAGACUAAACUCUCUUUAAAAUGCUUUACAUAUGAAGUGGAACUGGCUAUAAUUAUUUCAUACAUGUUACUAAUGUUAGUAAUGUUGCAUGCAGCGAUUUUUAAAUCUAUAGUGAAUAUUUGUUUCAUUGACUAUUUUCAUGACAUAAGUACACACUGAAUUUCCUGUUUAUUCAUCUUUAUAUUGAAUCAGACAUGUAUUGUGCACUCACUCAAUAUACAGUUGGUACUGGAUGCAAGUCUGUUGUAUAUCAAGUCCAGCAUGUCCCAUAUUAUGUUACUCGAUGCAUUAUUCAGAAAGCACUUUCACAUGCAGGGCACAAACAAUGUCUGUUACUACUUGCCUUAUAUUAGUGGUGGGGAGGUCUGCAGUUCAUUUAUUUUCAUUACUUAACUUUAUAUUGUAUCAAUGCUUUUUACUUCAGACUUUACACUGAAGUACUUUAAAAAUGGGACACUGUACUUAUUAUUUAUUAAGUUAAAACCCAUACCUGAGAAUUCAUUUUGAAUUCACUAAAUUUGCAGUAUAAUAAAAUUUGAAGACACAAGUUGAAAAAGAAUAAUUAAAUAAGGCACUUAAAUUUGCUCUGAGGUUGUUUUAGUUCAUCCCUUUAGUUCAUCCCUUUAGUUAUAGACCAUUUAAGCAUCACCAUAACAUUGCAGUUGCAUAAACAAAGAUGCAGACUUAUUUUUAAUAAGAUUUGUUGUGCUGUAGCAGUUAUCAAACAAAUUUAAUAGGAAAAUGUAUAAAGACAUACAAGGAAACUAUUUUUAUAUACUUCCAUCCAUGACUGUUAAUGUUUUAGAGUAAUUUCUCAUAUCUGUGCUAUGUGCAAUGACAUCAACUUCACUCCUUCUCACACUUUAUAUUCAGUGCUCAAUGACACUAUGUAUGACAAUCUUUUCUUAUAUUUCACUGGUCACCUGUUUCUAAUGACCACACUGUUGAUGGGAUAUUAAACUCUUAUCUUCCUUUCUUUCAUUUCCACUGGUCAACUGGUUCUUGUACCAUGACUUGACUGUACAUUUAACUAUUGCUUUCCCUCAUUUUAUAUCAUCAUGUAUAUCUUCAUGCUCCAGUGCUGCUUUCUACCUCAGCCACAAUUACAUUUAAGGAAGCUAUUUUCACUGAUUUUUAUUUUCACUCCUUCCUGUUUUUAGUGGUUCACAAGUUUGCUUCAGGAUCUCUAAACCAUUGUCAAAAAUAUCAUAACAAGAGAGGGAGGGGAUGGGGGUGGGGGGAGGGGGGGAAGGUAUCUUUUACUACAAACUGAAUGUGUGUUACAGAGAUUUGGUUCUCAGUUUGACCUCUUUAUGUAGCAACUGCCUGAAGCAUAACCGGGAGUGUUCAAUACGUUCCCUAACAUAAUGUACAGAACUUUUUAAAAUCUUUUUCUUAGCUUUUUUAGCUGUAGGUCAGUUUAAUUAUUGGAGAAUAUAUUGUAUGAAAUAGGUAUUGCCUAUACAUGGACCUUUAUUGGUGCUAUAGUCAAAGCAAUACUAAGGGUGCUAAUAACCGUGACACUGACUGCUCUAAACCUAAGACCAACCAACUAAAGCGGCAUCCAUCAGUGCAUCCUGCAUCUUUCAUGUUUAUUUCAUGUUUAAUAUAGCUGUGGUCAAUUUAUGGAAACGGUGAGUAAAUCAGUUGCAACCAAAAUCUGCUUCUUCUUUUGCAAAUAAUGUAGUCAUAGUGCUAAUAUCCAAAAUCAGAUGUAUCUUUUGAGCUCCUUGUGGCAUUAAAACAUUGACAGACAGGUACCUGAGGAUCAGAGGAAGUGGGCACAUUUCAGAAGUAUGACUCUUUUACCUAUUUGGGGAUAGUUUCUUCUAAUACAUGUUAACUAUAACGCUUUUUAAGUGACUCCGCGCACGUUAGAAUUAAACUUUAUUUAUACUGAUUUAUUUCUAAUCACCAUUUGUUUACCAUCAAAUAGUAUUAAUACCCAAAAUAUAUUGUGCAUGGACAUUUUUCCAUUUUGUGCAAUUUUAAUACAAAGAUUUUUUUGAACAUCUAUUUCACAUCAUUAUGAGGAGGAGAUUGAUCAUAAAGUUUAUUCAUAGCACAAUGUGCCAACCAUCUGAAUAAUACCUCUAAGAGAAUUCAGUGUCUUUAUCAUACAAGCCAAAUAAAUUUAGCCAUUUCCUAUCAGCUGUUCAAAAAUCAUUUCACACAUAUCUAAGAAUUUUUUUUUACCUACUGAAAGAGCUAGCUUGAAAUGUGUUGACCCAACAUUGGCAAAAUAUGAUUUUAACUCUCAAAGUUGUUUUGUUUGUUUUGCCCAUUUAACAAAGACAGUUCUGUCUGAGCCACCCUUGUGACACCAUUAAUGUUUAGUAGUUAGGUAGCAUACUUGUGUUUUACAGUAUUUAUGAAUUGCCCUUGUUAUGGUCAAGUACGUAAUUUGUGAUAACGAUGUGAACAAACGUUAUGGUUGUGGUGUGCUUUAUUCAGUACAUGACUUUUGUUUAAACUGUCAAAUUUAUUUUAGACCUAUCAUCAUCCAGUAAUGGAUGUAUGUGUAUAUUUUUUAAUCUGUAAGAUGCAUGUGCAUUUCUUGCAUCCUAUUGGUAUCUGCUUUAUUUGUAUCAAUUUUUAAAUAGGCAGUCUAAAAAGUAUUUGUAUUUCUUCAGCAAAGUUAAUGUUGUUAAUGUGAUGUUAACAGCAUGGAAUAGCUGUGAUAAAAUAAAAUAGCUAUACUUUUUCAUGAAUCAGCAAAAAUGUUGAUAAAUUGCCUUAUUUAUUUUUAUGGAUGUUAUGUGUAGCAAUGUGAUUGUGUGUGCAAAUUAAAUAUAUCUGUAUAUAUAAAACAAGAUUUCUCAGUAUUUUGUUAUUGUCAGCACUUAAUAAGCAAACAUUUUUAAUCUUUUCAUUAAAUUUGUACAUGAAUACUCAAAGAACAUUUUGGCUCUAUUCUUUCUUCUGUAUAUCAAUGAUAUUUCAAAGUGAAUUCUGAGGUUCCAUUGUUUUUGGAUAAUAUGAGAUUAUACACAAGCUACAUUUGUUAUGUUCUGCCUGACACAAAAUAAAUACAUGAAAAACUUCA